AUGCUGCUGUGUGACCGAGGCGUGCAGAUGCUCAUCACUACAGUGGGCGCGUUUGCCGCCUUCAGCCUCAUGACCAUCGCAGUUGGCACAGACUACUGGCUUUACUCCAGAGGAGUGUGUAAAACCAAAGUCAACCAUGAAAACGAAACAAGCAGGAAAAACGAAGAAGUGAUGACCCACUCGGGAUUGUGGAGAACCUGCUGCCUGGAAGGGACAUUUCGUGGAAUGUGUAAGAAGAUUGAUCACUUUCCAGAGGAUGCUGAUUAUAAACAGGACACAGCUGAGUAUUUACUGCGUGCACUCCGAGCCUCCAGUGUGUUUCCAAUCAUGAGUGUAGGUUUGUUGUUUUUGGGUGGGUUGUGUGUCGCAGCGAGUGAAUUUUACAGGAGCAAACACAAUGUCAUCCUCAGUGCCGGAAUCUUCUUCGUCUCUGCUGGUCUUAGUAACAUUAUUGGAAUAAUUGUCUACAUCUCAGCUAACUCAGGUGACCCAGGUCAAAGUGACUCAAAGAAGAGUUACUCGUAUGGUUGGUCCUUUUAUUUUGGUGCUCUUUCCUUCAUCAUGGCCGAGACAGUGGGGGUACUGGCUGUGCACAUGUUUAUCGAAAAACAUCGCAAGCAGCAACGUGCCAAGACACUCAUCAAAAAGUCUAGUCUCGGCUUUGGCCGCAUCCCUACAUACCGUUACAGUUUUGGGCGCCGCUCCAGCGAAACACCAUCACGUGAUGUCCCCAUGUUCACACUCUCACGCGACUCUGACAAAACUGCUGCAGGGAAGCUGCUUGACUCUGACAGAGACUUCCUGCACAACUCUAAUGCUAAGGAUGCAGCCAAUCGGAGAACGACACCAGUGUGAUAUAGAUGGAUAGAAAAACAGGACCCAGGAAGUGGCGUCAAGACACACAACUCUCCAGAAGGAUAGAAAACACAUGAUCAGCAGCAACAAAGCACACAGGAAGUGACAUCAAAAUAACUUUACAAGCCUUCUCUCUUAAUAUGAACCUUCUUCCUAUGAUAAUAGAAAAGCCUAGCUCGUGAUUGUUAGAUCUUUUAAAUUUGUUGACUGAUUU